CACCAUUUACUCACCUUCAUACCCUUGACCUUUGAGAAUCCCUUUUCGCCACCGCCAUCAUGGGUCUCACCUUCUCCAAGUUGUUCGACCGCCUAUGGGGCAGAAAGGAGAUGCGAAUUCUGAUGGUUGGUCUUGACGCAGCCGGAAAGACCACCAUCCUGUAUAAGCUGAAGUUGGGUGAAAUCGUCACCACCAUCCCCACAAUCGGUUUCAACGUCGAGACUGUCGAAUACAAGAACAUUCAGUUUACCGUGUGGGAUGUCGGUGGUCAGGACAAGAUCCGUCCUCUCUGGAGACACUACUUCCAGAACACUCAGGGUAUUAUCUUCGUCGUCGAUAGCAACGAUCGCGAUCGUAUUGUCGAGGCUCGGGAAGAGUUGCAGCGCAUGUUGAACGAGGAUGAACUCCGUGAUGCUCUUCUCCUUGUUUUCGCUAACAAGCAAGAUUUGCCGAAUGCCAUGAGCCCCGCCGAGAUUACCCAGCAGCUUGGUCUGCAAAGUCUCACUCGUCGCCCUUGGUACAUCCAAUCUACCUGCGCUACCACCGGUGACGGUCUGUACGAGGGUCUCGAGUGGCUCGCCGAUGCUUUGCGGAAAUCGAACCGUGAUUAAAUUGUUAUAAUGCGAUGAGCGGAAGAAUACCUGGAUGUGUGACUGGGAGUUGGGGAUGAUGGAUGGGGGCCGAACCGGAAAAGACACCUCGCGUAGGGAUGGGAUAUGCUACUUGGUGGUGCUUGUAUGUUCUCUAACGGCUCUUCAUUCUUCUAUGCUAUUUAGCUUUUAUUGUUCUCUUUCAUCCCGGCGUCGAUCCUAACGAAAUACUCCUUUUGUGCCCUGAAACCUCAUAUCUUUCAUUUCUUUUUUGGUCUCCUUGUGUUCACUUGCAGUCAAGACUUGAUAUUCAUGAUCACGGAGAACGGGUUUACGCUCCAGACGUCAUAUGUAUGUCGACGCAUUUUAUCUGUUUAACUGAAAAUGUAGAUUUUGUGGCCUGUAGGCUCUUGCUAUUCUCCAA